AUUUAUUCUUUUGUAUUUUUUGGUCGGGGGAAGCUGGCAUGAUUGCUGAGAGUGUAGACCGCAAUUGACGAACUACAGUUGUCUCUCUCUCUACGAUCUCUGCAAUUAGAACUGCGGUGAAGUUUGUCGAGUUGUGAUUAGAAUUGCACUAUUCUGAUCACUUAAUAAUGGAUUCUGCAAGGAGCUGGUUUAAAAAAUUUCAUCCUAAAAAGGAUAAAAUGAGUUCUAACAAAGAGACAGACAAUAUGAAGGAUUUGUAUAAGCCUCCAGUGGAUGAGGCUCCUUCAAAUUCCACAAAAGAGAAGGUUGCUGCCGCAAAGCAUUAUAUCGAGAAUCAUUACAAAGCACAAAUGAAAAAUCUGCAAGACAGAAAGGAGAGACGCUGGGUCUUGGAGAGGAAACUUGCUGAUGCUGAUGUAUCUGAGGAAGAGCAAAUCAAUCUUCUGAAAUAUUUUGAGAGAAAGGAGACAGAGUAUAUGCGUAUCCAAAGACAUAAGAUGGGUGUUGAUGACUUUGAACUUUUGACCAUUAUAGGAAGAGGUGCCUUUGGAGAGGUGAGACUUUGCAGAGAAAAAACUACUGGCCAUGUGUAUGCCAUGAAAAAGCUCAAGAAAUCAGAGAUGCUUCGGAGGGGCCAGGUGGAACAUGUUAAAGCUGAACGGAAUCUUCUUGCUGAGGUUGACAGUGCUUGCAUUGUCAAGCUUUAUUGCUCCUUUCAAGAUCAAGAAUUUUUAUAUCUUAUAAUGGAAUAUCUUCCGGGGGGUGACAUGAUGACGUUACUAAUGCGCAAGGAUACCUUGACUGAGGAUGAGGCAAGGUUUUAUGUUGGGCAGACAGUCCUUGCCAUUGAGUCUAUUCACAAGCACAACUACAUCCACAGGGAUAUCAAGCCUGACAAUUUAUUGCUUGAUCGUUAUGGCCAUAUGAAACUUUCAGAUUUUGGGUUGUGCAAACCCUUGGACUGUAGUAGUUUUCCCAAUCUUAGUGAGAAUGACUAUGGAGUGGGAAAAAAUAUCAAACCUACAUUAGACAGUGACAAACAUUCUAACAUGCCUUCUGCACCGAGGCGGACUCAGCAGGAACAAUUAUUACACUGGCAAAAGAACAGAAGAAUGUUGGCUUAUUCAACAGUUGGGACUCCCGACUACAUUGCCCCAGAAGUACUGCUGAAGAAAGGAUAUGGAAUGGAGUGUGAUUGGUGGUCUCUUGGGGCAAUUAUGUAUGAGAUGCUUGUGGGAUAUCCACCUUUUUAUUCUGAGGAACCAAUGUCAACAUGCAGAAAGAUAGUAAAUUGGAGAACACACUUGAAAUUCCCUGAAGAGGCGAAGCUUUCUGCAGAGGCUAAAGAUCUCAUAAGCAGACUCCUGUGCAAUGUGGCACACAGGCUAGGGACUAAAGGAGCACAUGAAAUCAAAGCACACCCAUGGUUUAAAGGUAUCCAAUGGGAAAGCUUAUAUCAGAUGGAAGCUGCUUUUGUACCAGAGGUUAAUGAUGAGUUAGACACACAGAACUUUGAGAAAUUUGAAGAGUUGGGGACUACAGCUCAAUCGUCAUCAAGGUCAGGUCCCUGGAAGAAGAUGCUUCCAUCCAAGGAUGUAAAUUUCGUUGGUUAUACAUACAAGAAUUUUGAAAUUGUCAACGAGCAUCAUGUGCCUGGCAUUGCUGAGUUAAAGAAAAAGACGAAUAAACCGAGGAGGCCAUCUAUCAAGACACUGUUUGAUACCCCUGAUCCUCCUGAUCAGCCUGUUCAGGGAAGCUUUAUUAACCUUUUGCCUACUCAAGUGGAGGUCUCUGAAAGCCCUGAGCAAUCACCUCAAUCUAACAGACCGCCGAAAUACCCACAAAGACCUAUGCAAAGAUGAAAGACAAGCACAAAUGAUGAUCCCCCGUAUAAUCACCUUGAUUUUAGAAGGUAAGUGAAGAAGUAUUGCAGCUUAGUUUUCUACAUGUAAUUUAUUGUUUGUUUUCCUGUUAUGCAGUUGAUGUAACACACUUGUGGUUGAUAACAUCUCAUUUAAAGUGAUUGUGUAGUUGGUCCUCAUAAAAUAUAAGAUAAAACAUGCAUCCUGUUGCAAUAUUGGUUGCUCCAA